CAAGUGUCAUUUCGACAAGUGUUCCUCAAGUCAAAAAGAGACCUUGCAACUGUUGCCUUUUCUUCACUUGCUCGAAUCAACUGCCGUCCGUUAUCUGUCACGCUGCCUCGAUACUAGCCUAUCGAUUAAGCAUGGUAACCUCUCGCAAACGGCAGGCUCAGCAAUUCGACAUCCGGGACGUCCGGCCCUAGAACCAAGAUUAUUAGGGCUGAUAAGCCUCAUACAUUGUACCGAAGACUAUCUCUGCGAUUAUCAUACUGCUACAACAUGGCCGCGCUAUUUUCUUGGCUCCCAAGCCUUGCGUACCCUCCGGAGCAGGACGGUUACUGGAGCCCUGUGACAUCAACGUUGGACUGGUGUGAAGAGAAUUAUGUUGUCACGACAUACGCUGCAGAGAUCAUCAACACGCUCACCAAUCUGCUGUUCAUGUACCUUGCCAGCAAAGGCAUACAGAACUGUCUAAAGCAUGGUCAUGAUACUGUCUUCUUAGUUGCCUUCAUAGGCUACGUCCUUGUUGGGACGGGAAGCUUCCUUUUCCACGCGACGCUGAAGUAUCCCAUGCAGCUCGUAGACGAACUUUCGAUGAUAUAUACGACCUGCCUGAUGUGCUUCGCAACCUUCUCAUACGGCAAAUCCAUGAGAUACUCCACGUUCCUUGCGAUAGGCCUAGUGUCGCUAGCUCUGUUCGUCACGCUGUACUAUCACCAUAUUCAGGACCCGGCAUUCCAUCAGAAUGUAUAUGCACUGCUGACAGCCAUCGUCUUGUUCCGCGCCAUGUACAUGAUGGAGGUCGCCAUCCGGCCACGCUUCAAGUCUGAUGAGAGAAUAGCACUGAACCCACGGCCUGAUCGAGCUAUAGAGGCUGUUCGGAAGCGCGAAGACCUGCGGGACCAAGAGAUUCUGCGUACAAUGUGGAAGAUGAUCGCCUCUGGCCUGAGCAUAUUCUUGGGAGGGUUCGCUGUCUGGCACCUUGACAAUGUACACUGCUCAAAACUGAUCAAGUGGCGACGUGAGAUCGGCAUGCCUUGGGGUUUCUUGCUGGAAGGCCAUGGUUGGUGGCACCUGAUGACAGGGACAGGAGCAUACUUCUACAUUGUCUGGGGCAUCUGGCUAAGACAUUGUCUUAACUACAGGCAUGACGAGUAUGAGCUAUACUGGCCAAACUGGUUCACCAUGCCUGAGGUCGUGAAGGGGAGGGCUUCUGCGAAUGAGACGACAAAGAAGACAUCUUAGCAACGCAUGCGCAAUCAGUGCUUUUAUGCUUAGAUAAACAGACUGUCACGUCGCCGCGGUGUG